AUGUCGACUACUGCUCCGCUCCCAGCGGAUGACCACUACGUCAAAUCUACUCGCCAGUCCUGUCGCCAGGCAGCAACCGCGCUCAACCUCAUUCCGAACCUCUCCGCCAUCGACGCCUUCCUCACAACCCUCGAUGGUCCCACAUACAACCGGCUCCGAACGCAACACGGUCUAUCCUUCCCACUCCGUUUCCCCACUCCCACAGCAGAGGUCAACUUCCUUUCCAUUCUUGCCCUACUCAAUGCUUUCUCUGGUUACCGUGCUGCUUUUCACCGCACGACCGGCAUUGGAGCCUAUCAGAACAUGGUCCGAUUCAUGAUCGCAUUGUACAUCUCCGGCUCUGGUGAUGGAGCAGAGGAUCGAAUCGUUGGCUCUCCUGCACUCACAGCCAAGGGGAUGGCAGGCUUAACAGAGGCCAAAGUAGUCGAACUCUUGGGCGUUAGCAUUCAUGAGGAGAAACAGCAUGAUACACUACCAGGGGUAACUGUAGGUCUUCGAGGCGGGCAGAUGUUGGAUUGUGUUCAGCUUAUUCAUUCUACCUUGGUAAAUGUGGGGAACAAGUUGCUCGAGAUAGACCAACCAAGCAUCGGUGCGUAUGUAGUCUCGCUGCUCAAAGCGACGAAAGAGAAGGAGCUGAAGGAUGUAGAAGCGACAGACUACUUGGUCAAAGAGAUCUCAACAACCUUUGCAGAGUUUAGGGAUACACAUACUCUUGAAGGAGGCAAACAGGUCUUUCUCUUCAAGCGAAUCUUUUUCCUCUUACACUCGCUACAUCUUCGCUUUGGAGGAAAGCAGGAUUGGGCGGUACCGAAUACCUACAAGACCUUGCCAAUGUUCGUGGAUAAUGUUCUACCAACUUUGUGCGUCUGGUUCAACUUGUUCACCACCCCUUGCCAACCGGCGGCUAAGAUGCAAACGUUGUUCGAAUGGCUGGCUAAGGCUCACUGCAACGCAGAUCUCCCACGCUCAAAGUUGAAUACUUCAGAAAAGAACGUCGAUGGUCCAAAGUUGAGCAUUGACGAGACAUACGCUAUUCGUGCAGCAACUCUGCAUAUCGGUCAAGUCAUCGUUGAAAGGGCGAACGAGUUGGCCAAAGAGAAGGCCGGUGAAUUCCAAUGGUUGGCCCACAUGAACGAAGUUGAUCUCGAUGGAUAUUUAUGGGCGGUAGCUAAAGACGAUGCAGAGCUACGAAAGGUGCCGAGGUUGGUAUUUCCUUCUAUCCACUUUUGA